AUGUUGAAAAUGGAAGCGCUGCCAAGGGAAAGGCUCUCGAAGGACAUCAUGACCACCGCUCGAGUGGUCGUCAGUCGCAGGUCAUCUCGCGGAGCAGAUAUCAGUGUCCAGUAUCACAUCGUCGGACACGGACCCAAAAAGAUAGUCUUCCUUCCAGGCUUGCUGAGCUCGAGCGAGACGUGAGUUGGAGGGAAAAUACGAGCUGUGGGGUAUCACGUAUCUCACCUCACUCGCAUACUUUAGGUGGUCCAUACAAGUGCGUGCAUCGUCAUGAUUGUUCGCGUCGUCAAAGGAAACUCAUAAACCAAACGCGUCGCGCCAGAUGAGCGCGUGUAGCUGCGACUUGUCCUUAUCUUGUCUCUAUAUCGACUUGCGAGGCUCCGGAGGCAGCACGGCACCUAGGGGUCGCUACAAGUGAGUUUAGUGUGCAUUUCGGUCGAUGGCUUGCAGGCUGAUGAACGAGCUCCGGCGCACAGAACGAGUGAGCUAGCACAAGACGUACUGAAAGUACUGGAUCAUCUCGGAGGACGGUGGAUUCAGGAUUGCAGUGUGCACCUCGUAGGAGAGACGUUUGGCGGUAUGGUGGCGCUUGAGUGCGCCCGGCAGUGCGUGGAGCGCUGGGCUAGCUUGGUCCUGCUGAGUACGCACAGCGGUCGCUCGUCUGGCAAAGGCUUGCUCGAUACUGUACCUCCUGUACGUCAGCUGAACGCCUUUCUCUUUACGCGCAUCGCUGACCUGCGCGAUCAUCUUUGACACACGCAGUGGACUGGGCAACGAGCAGUGGGCCAACUGCUCUUGCUCCAGUCAGCUGGCUGGGACGACGCAGACACGAGAGCUGCGCUUUUUGUCGAGACACUCUUUCCCAAGAAUUGGCUGGACGAGACGGUAGAGCAUGCCGGCACUCACUGCACUCGCAGGCACGUCAUGAUCGAGGUGCGCUGAGCUUGAGCUACAAUGAUGCAUGAAGGACCUUGAGCUGAUUCAUUUGCGCCCGACGACAGGCAUUUCAGCUCAACGCCCGCACCACGACCAAGGUCAGCAUACACGCAGCUGUAGGAAGGAUAGCAGCAACGAUGACGCAUCACAUUUCCGACAAGAAUUUGAAAAGGAUCGGCGAGACGGUGCCCUACGUGGCCAUCGUUACGGGCGACGGUGAGCACAGCCCCGCGUCAGGGUGCCGACUCUUGCUCACGUCUACACCGUCUUGCAUCUUCGAGCAGACGACGACGUUAUCAAACCUUGCAAUUCGGUGUACCUCGCAAAGGUCAUGUCCUCGGCCAAGUUGACGGUGCUGAAAGGCGUAGGUCACGCUGCGCACAUUCAGUGA